GCGCCUUGCUGGGAGUGUACUUGGCGGGGAUAGCGGAUAUAAUGUGGCCCUUGCAAAAAGCGAGCUUCCCCAGGUUGCUUUGCGGCAGCAGCAAGGCGGGGCCAGAUUCGUGCCUCCUGUGGGGGCGUCCAUGAUGCUUCUGAUCCGGGUCGCUAAUGUUCGAUGCUUUGCGUCCAUGGCUGGCUGCAAAUACGGGUAUGAGUCGCCGUUGCGAGAAUCCCUGCUGGGCUGGUCAAACUUCCAGAGCAGAGGGGGGCCAUACGCCCCAUGCUGUCCACCAGGUCUCCAUCUCGCAUACUCACCCCGUAGUGCUUAUCGACUCUGCCAAAUGCCGCCUCGAUGACGCCGCAAGAGAACCCCGACAUCUCCAAUGCCGAUGUCGCCACCACGCCACAGGCUGAUCCAGACGAGGAGAAAGGCCCCGGAGGAGUGAUACAGGAUGCGAAUGAUGACCAGCCUCCCGCCGAAGCAGGCGAGCUCCAGGCGCCGCACACCAUCUUCACGACCUGGGAGAAGCGCUUCAUCGUGUUCGUGGCCUCGGCAGCGGGCUUCUUCUCGCCCAUCAGCGCGAACAUCUACUUUCCGGCCCUGAACUCGCUGUCGCGCGAUUACGGCGUCUCAGCCACCCUCAUCAACUUGACCGUGACCGUGUACAUGAUCUUCCAGGGCCUCGCACCCUCGUUCACCGGCUCGCUCUCGGACAACGUCGGCCGGCGUCCCAUCUACUUCAUGUGUUUUGUCAUCUACAUCGGUGCCAACAUCGGCCUGGCGCUCCAGCACUCAUUCGCCGCCUUGAUGGUCCUCCGCUGCGUCCAGAGCUCGGGCAGCAGUGGCACGGUCGCCCUCGCUAAUGCCGUCGUCAGCGAUGUCGCCUCGGCUGCGGAGCGCGGCGUCUACAUCGGCUACGCCUCAGUGGGGGGCAUGCUGGGGGUCGCUCUCGGGCCUAUCCUCGGUGGCGUUCUGAGCAGCUACCUCGGUUGGCGGGCCAUCUUCUGGUUCCUCACCAUUUGCGCGGGCGUAAUGCUCCUGGCUAUCGGCCUGUUUCUGCCCGAGACGGCGCGGUCGGUCGUAGACAAUGGCUCCUUGUCACCGCAGAGGUGGAACCGGAGCCUCUGGGACCUGCUCCCCAGGGUGAAGCGCAGAAAGGCAAGCGUGCGGCCGACGGGGGUGACCAAGGGGCGAAAGAGAGGCGUCAUCAACCCCUUCUCGACGCUUAAGAUCUGCUUCGACAAAGAGGCGUCCAUCGUGCUCCUGGUGAACGGCAUCUCGUAUGCCGGCUACUUUGCCAUCGCAACCGCGAUCCCCUCGCAGUUCGCCAAGAUCUACGGCUUCGAUGACCUCAAGAUCGGCCUCUGCUUCAUCCCCAUCGGCGUCAGCAGCGGCCUGUCCACCGUCCUGGUCGGCCGCGCGAUCGACUGGAACUUUGCCCGGCACGCGCGGCUGCUGGGGCUGACGCCGGCGGAGGCGAAGCAGAAGAACCGCGAGCUGGGCAGCUUCCCGAUCGAGCGGGUGCGGUGCGAGGUGGCGCUGCCGGUCCUCGCGCUGGCGAGCGUCUCGACCAUCGUGUACGGCUGGGUGCUCGACUACCAGACCAGCGUCGCGGCACCGCUGGUCAUGCUCUUCUUCGUCGGCUUCUGCGCCACCGGCUUCUUCACCAUCCUCAGCGUGCUCAUGGUCGACAUCUACCCGCACGCGCCGGCCACGGCCACGGCGGCCAACAACCUCGUCCGCUGCUGGCUGGGCGCGGCCGCCUCGGUGCUGAUCAUCCCCAUGAUCGCCCGCAUGACGAGCGGGUGGGCGUACACCUUCUUCGCCUUGCUUUAUCUGUUGCUUGCGCCCCCGCUUUGGGUGACGAUGCGCUGGGGGCCAAAGUGGAGAGCGGAGCGCACGAAGCGGGAGAAGGAGAUGGAAAAGUCAGCUACCUAACUAAGGAAGAGAAGAACCAUACGUUUUGAAGAGAGGGAGAUGGAGGUGAGUGCGGGUGAGCUGCAAGUCGCUAAGAGACCCUGAACUUCCCGUCUGCCAAAAACAACGGUCGAGGU